GACGAGAGCUGUCGCGAGAAUUCAAGUCGGGAUCUUCUUACCUGACGACUUUCAGGUGGAAACAGAAGCCAAGCACAUAAGGUGUGCGGAUUGGACAUGGAUACUAUCCUACGGUGUACGGUAACAAUAAUCCUAGCGGCGUCUGUGUAUUUUCCCGGGGUCUAUCAGACGUAUACUGGUCGGAGUAUCAUGUGGACAGAUGUAAAAUACGGGAGGUUCCAAACUACGUCGAGGCUGUUGUCUCUUAACGGUACUGGAAAAGACGCCAUCAACGGCAGUGCGAGUGUACAAGUACUACAAUCCGCAUACUUCGAAAUCAAGACAGCACUGACAUUCGACUUCGACGACUCGCUCGUCUUCUGGGGAGAAAUUGUUGGGGGCGCUAUUUAUAAGAUGGACCUGCUGACUAACGAUAUAAGAUCAAUUUACUCGAAUAAUCAUAGCUCCGUGACAUCGCUCUCCGCUGACUGGCUGGCAAAAAAAUUGUACUGGACAGAUUCGUUUUUUAAUUGGAUAAAAGUGUCCGACUAUAACGGCACAUAUCACCGAACGUUGGUUCACACAGGAAAACAAUUUGUUGGCGGAAUUGUUGUAAACCCUUUAUCUGGGUACAUGUAUUGGUCGGAAAGAGAACAAGAACCACGAAUAGAAAUGGCCACACUCACUGGCGAAAACAGACGCUCCUUAGUUUAUAACAUCUCUUACUUCCAACGCCCCCAGGGACUGACGAUCGACUUUAACGAAAACAGGUUAUUCUGGGUUGAUAUAGAAUUAUCGUUGUUGUCGUCAAUAUCUCUGAGUGACAGUUCUGCAAACCCACUCUAUCACUCAGUAGGGGAGUACUUGGCAUAUUACCUAGAUGUUGACUCGGAAUUUUUCUUUCUUUCUGGAACUCUAUCUAAACAAGUGUACAUCCAGUCGCGAUUCAACCCAGCGAUGCGCACACAAAUGACAUUCCAGCAUUUUAAUCCGUUAUCGUUAAUUGUGUACGAUGGAGCUCGGCAACCCCGGGCACAAAACCCAUGUACAUUUCAAAAUGGCGGAUGUCAGCAGAUUUGUGCGAGUUACCCCGGAGGAUAUAAAUGUCUUUGCGAAGACGGGUUCGUGGUGGAUGAAGGUGAAAAAGACUGUAUUCUUUAUGUGCCUACGCAUGCGCCGAUAGUAGACUCAGGCAACUCCUUAUCGCUGGUGCACAUCGCUGGUAUAGUGUUAGGAAGUGUCGUGCUAUCUUUUAUUCUUCUCGUUCUGAUAUGCUAUUUUUACAGGAGAAUUCAAGUCACUCGCGAUCAGAAGUCUAGGUCUGUCGGAUUGAAAUGGGUUACGGUCGAACAACGAGCCAAAAGCGACGUCGAAGAGGACGACUGUUCACUCAGCGAUGGUGCGGAUGAAUCCUCUAAACAACUCAAGUGUAACUAUGGCGACAAAGAAGAUAACCCGCAGAGAAACGGAACAUGA